AUGCUACCCAACGUGGUGGAUAUUAACUCAUACGAGGCGCAGAUCCCAGAAUCCACGCGUCUUUUUGCCGAAGGUAGCACCCCCUCCACGGCUAAACCCUCCCCCGAUAAACUUUCUUAUGAACUCUCGACACCACACCCGCAAACCCCAUACCAACUCCCCGAUAAUCUCAUCGAAAGCCAUUGUGCGGAUGCCUUUCUUAUGGGAACGAAUACCGAACUUACCCUGAACUUCACAGACAGAGAAACGAAGGAUUCAAAAGGUUUGGUGACGUCUUUGAAUUCCCCUACUCGCCUGUCUUCGCCCACGGAAUCGUUUUUGGAAAGUCUGGCGAAAAAAGUAUCUUUUCAACGCGUACGUAAGUUAUUUUUACACUGGCGGGAUCAUCGAUACUACACGGCGGUAGCCCUGCGCUAUAUACGAACCCUCCGUAGCGAACACGCGCGUGAACACUACUUCCACCACUGGUAUAGAUGCACAACCGCACACUUUCGAUCGAGAAAAGAGCUUGCGGAUCAGAAGAGAUGUGAACAGGUGGUGAAAACGAAAGUGAAGGAGUUUUUGCGUGGUUUGCUGCGGCGAUGGUGGGAUGCCACGCUGACGGCUCGCUUUGCCAUGCAAAACACCGGGCGGCGGGUGUUUUGUCGCUGGCGUCGAGCAGUUAUCUGCUUAGCGCACAGACGGAAAUACAUCGGCACACACGGAGGCUAUUCUUCAAGCGUUGGAAUCCGAGAACGAGGAUUACUUCGAAACUUUUGGGAUCUGUGGCGUGAACGAUUUAUGCAUGUGUAUGCCUCAAGAUGGCAUAAACAACGACAACAACAAAAAGUAUUAUUGAGCCUGCUACAACGGGCUAAGGAACACCGAUACGAUAAAUCUCUCCUUUUGUACUGCGAUAAGCUACAAAAUGCAUUAGUCUUUAGAAGGUGGCGUGAUCACUUUAUAAUGAAAACUCGAUUGCGCACUUAUUCGGAGAAUUAUACACAACGACGGAUGCAGUCAACAUUCGAAUAUUGGAAAAAUAGAUACACUUUGCGAGGCGCCUCCACUGAACAGGAAGUUGAACUUCAAAGACUUCAUAAGAGUAAACGGCUGGAACACAACUUCCUUUUUUGGCGAAAAAGCCUCUGGCUACGACGGCGGCUUCGUGAGGUAAGUGAUCGAUGCCUCUUAGGUCGAGAGGAGUUGAUAAAGCUCACCUGGGAUCGCUGGGCAAUACGCACACGAUACCGCCUGGUCUGGUGGCAAGAUCAAGCUGAGGUUGCUAAAAGAUUCCAUCUGUACGUUUUAGCACGACAUAGCCUUCUUCAUUGGGUGCGCCGAUUAACGGAACAUCAACAGGCUCUCAAAGUCGACAUGGAUUCCCGCAUGGAAAUCGAAGCCUCCAAUCACUAUGACUUUCAUCUAUUCGCAAAUACUUUCUUUAAAUGGAAAACUAAGAUGUUUCUGAUUACGAGAUUCAAUGUCAAUGCGCGUCCUAAGCAAGAAAAACCUGUUCUCCAGCAGCCUGCUGUUAUAAAAAACAUGUCGACAAAUAGUCGGAAAGGUGCGUUUGUUCAGCCAGAAAAGGACAAAAUCCCCAAAACAUCCAAUAUCCCAACACCAUCGACACGAAGUGUAGACUCGCCACCCCCGAAAUCGGAAAGCUUGAAAAAAGCUUCGGAGGGACGGGAAAAAAAGGCACCCGGUCUAUCUCCGAAAUCCUUAAUCCCUACCGCCUCUCGGACCGGACACCUGCCGCGAAAAAAGGUCCCUACAAAAAUUCAGAGAAGUGCCAGCCAUGCAUCAACUGCCUCAAAGAAGGGCAGUAAUAGCUCAGCUCCCUUGUCAACGCCCACCUUACGCCCAUCCCCGUCAUCGGCAAAGAUCUCAAUAGCUAGCGAGGCCGUAGGUCCUGCGCGUGAAGCGUUCCAAAGGGAUACGGGCGCCCUUGGAAGGGAUCUUCCAGCCUCAACUCGAAACCAAAGACUCCAUCACACCUCCGCGCAUACAACCGAAGCGUCCAGCCCAUAUACCAAAGAAACUAAAUUGGUUUUCACGCCGCCUUCAUACAAACGCCCUCUUCUAUUAGAGAGGCAGCUUCUUUCGUUUAUCUCUAAAAAGAAAUCCUUGUUAGCGAUACGAAUGCAGCCGUUUCAAGUUUGGAAUUCCCAAACGACAUAUACAAGCAAGGCGAAUACCGUAAAGAAGCCUUCACUGCCAAACAACUCAACACACAUCCAUCGCACAAAAACGCACCCGCCUGACAAUAUCCCCUCCCUAUCCCGACAAGUGGAUUCCUGGGAUUUAUGCCUUACCGCUUCAAAGUACUACUCACAGUUGCUGAACGGUGAUGGCGCCUCUUCAAGGCGUGAAGAUCUGUACGAGGAUGCUAUGACAUCAAAUGAACGGAGACGAAGGCACGCUUCGCUUGGAAUGCGGGAUGAAGGUCUAAACGUUUCACAAUAAUGCCCAGAAUGAAAGAGUAAGUUCUGGCAUUUGUACCUUAUUAAUCGAUCAAAUUCUUUUUCACUCCCGAGGGAUUUAUUUCCUCUUCAUAAAUUUUUACGUAUAGAAUAAAUUUUUCAGCUUUAAUUACAACAAUGGUGGUACCAAGAUGUCCUUUUGAGUCCUUUAAGCCUGUUUAGUGAAAUGUUUCUCUAACUUCUAUCUUCUUUGAUUCCUUUAUUGCCCACAUUUUACUCCAAGGUCCCUUUUCUCAAAAUAAAGGAAUACAGAACAAGGGUGAAAAAUAAAAUUAUUCCUUCUGUUAUAUAAAUUUCUCGCAAAGUGAGGCUUUUAAGUAUAAAGGACACAAUCGAUACUUUCCAUCCUUUUUUUCA